AUGAACGCGGCACGAUCCGCAAAUGAGACUGCGAUAAUGAAAUUGUUUCUGGAGCCGUUCGAUUUGUCGUGCGUUGACGGCGACGGAAAUACAGCACUCCACAUAGCAGCAAUGAACGGCCACCAACAUGUUUGUCGAAUGUUAAUAGUGUUGGCAUCUCCUACCUGCUUGUGGGAAAUUAAGAAUAAGGCUGGUCUUACGGCUGAGGACUUGGCGCUCGACGAAAAGAUAAGGGAAGAUUUGCUUCUUUUGCGAAAAGGUCAACAAAGGAAAGAAGACGAGCGCACUCGCUGGAACGAUGAUAUAAUUUCCGAAACAACAGAAUGGAAGCCAAACGGGAAGGUUCUUCUAGCACUAGAUGGAGGAGGAGUAAAGUCCUUGGUACUCACCCAG